GUCUCUUUCUGCCAUAUCCUCUGGGAUCUUUCAGGAACUUAUUGCAGGGGUAAAGCACAGAUAUGAUGAGGAGGUCGCUGGUGUUUUUGGCUCUGUUUGGUCUUCAUUUGGCUCUGUCUAUUGAGCCUCUCCCAAGAUUUCAAUUCGGGGAUAUGGUUUAUGUUGCUAGAUACUUCCUAAGAUCAAGGCCUCUAUUCACCCACUGGGCUUUAUAUGUGGAGAAGGGUCAAAUUGAAGGACUACAGAAAAGAAGCGAAGAAGACAUUUUCCAUAUAAAUUCUGUCUUCAGGAUCAGGCUUUCUGCAUGUAUCUUUGCUGCAAUGGGAAAUGUCAAUUACACAACGUCCAACUACCUUGACGAUAUUGUGCCUGUGCAAACUAGAGUGCAAAUGAUAGAGAAAAUCCAGCAGCUCCAUCAUCACUGUAACUUGUGGUGGCCAAGAGCACAUAACUGUGAGCACGUAGCCACUUCAAUUCGCUACGGAUUUGAACACUCUGAACAGAGAGGUACCUGGGUUGAAAACUGGAUAAGAAAUUAUCAAAGAAGACGACAACGGAAGCUCUGUAGCUGCUCCUGGACCAUGAGACUCUUCUCGUCCUCUUCUUUAUGUCUUCUUUAUCCUUACUGAAAAUGGGAUAUAUGUCUUCAU